AUGACAAAACUUUGGGUCAAAUUCAAGCCAAACAACGCUACAAGGGUAUCUACUGAAGACUGCGAGAUUGUAGAUGACCUUCUUAAAGCCUGCAAGAAGGAGCUCUUGUUUCUUUACGGGCAGUUUCCACCAGGCGAACUCUCCCUUUCCACUACUGAUGGUGGUACUCCUUUACAACCAGACGACCCUAUUCCUGCUCAGAAUACAGCAAAGACUCCUCUAUUCAUCAGCGUUGCAGUUGUAGAACAGGCUCAAAAGGAAAUGGUAUCAAUGUCCUAUGGAAAAGCUACAAUGCCAUUUAUUAGCGAAGCGACUGGAGUUGAAGACGAAAAUCAAGUUUGGGAAAAUAUUCCAGUUGACACCACAGUUGAAGCUUCUCCAGAGUUUGUUGAAUUGUUCAAGAAGAAUUGCUCCGUCUUUGAAUUUGGCGCCGAAGCAAGCAGAAGAACUUUGAUUGAUCUUUUUCUUCGGGAAGUAGUUGCCCAAUUUCCAGAUUUUAUUAUCAUUUGCGAGUAUCAUAUGACUUUGGUGAAUAAAGUCAAGAAAAGACGCUUAAAUGGGAACUGUGACUACACCAUCUGCCACCGUGGCCUUAGAAAGCUUCCUCAUUUGGUCGCAAUUGAAGCUAAAGUGACAAACAAUGAGACUCUGUUGCAAUGCAUUGGGGAAUGUGCUUCCAUUCAUUAUCGCAGAAAGAAAGCUGAAAUGAGGAAUCUUCAAGUCUAUGGCAUUCAUUCAACUGGCUCGAUCUGGAAGUUUGUUUUCAUUGAUGAAAAUGGAUCAUUGUUUGUUUCAAAAGAGUAUCAAUUGAAUCCUGAAAAUUAUGUCAAGGAAGGAUUUGACCUAAUCUACCGUCUUGUCUACUAUGUGGUGAAGCAAUCUCAUAUCAACAGCCCUCGUACGACACCUGCUGGGUCUUCAGUCUCUAUCAAUCAAUAAAUGCUUUUCCUUGU